AUGACGACCAUUUCUUCACCUCCACAUUUUGUCCUGUUUCCCUUCAUGUCUCAAGGCCACACCAUCCCCCUCCUCCACCUCUCCGGCAUCCUCUUCCACCGCUGCAUCUCCGUCACCAUCAUCACCACCCCUGCCAACUACGCCUCUGUUAGAUCCACCGUCUCCAAUGACUCCAUCUCCGUUAUCGAUAUCCCGUUCCCGGAAGACAUCGUCGCUGCCCCUCCCGGUGUACAAGUCACCGGUAAACUACAAUCCAUGUCGUCGUUCAUUAAUUUCGUGGAAGCAACAGAAAAACUCCAGCCUCGGUUUGAAGAAGUCGUUCGCAGUCUACCGCCGGUCAGCUGCAUAAUCUCCGACGGGUUUUUCAGUUGGACUCAAGACUCUGCAGAUAAGCUCGGGAUUCCCCGUUUGGUUUUCUAUGGGAACAACAUUUUCUCCAUGACCAUGGACCACAUCAUGACCCAGUUCAAACCACAUGCAACGGUUAACUCCGAUGACGAGCCGUUUCCAGUCCCGGACUUCCCUCGGUUCAAGUUGACGGUGAACGACUUCCAACCUCCAUUUAGCGAGGUCGACCCCAAAGGUCCGGAGCACGAUUUUCACGUCAAGCAGCAGGAGGCUAAUGCCAAGAGUCAUGGCAUGGUGGUUAACAGCUUCUACGAACUGGAACCAGAGUUUAUCGAUUACUGGAACCGAAACGUCGGUCCCAAGGCUUGGUGUAUCGGACCUUUCUGCAUAGCCAAACCAACCGCACCGAAACAGAUGGUGGAAAAGCCGACAUGGGUCGAGUGGCUCGACGAAAAGCUCCUCGAGAACAAGCCAGUGAUAUAUGUGUCGUUUGGCACACAGGCGGAGGUGUCACCGGAGCAAUUACUUGAGCUGGCGGUUGGUUUGGAGAAGUCGAACGUAAACUUCAUGUGGGUACUGAAAUGGAAGCAGUUUGAGUUGAUAGGAGGUGAAGGGUUUGAAGAGAGGAUGAAGGGGAGAGGGAAGAUGGUGAAUGAAUGGGUGGACCAGGUGGAGGUUCUGAAUCAUGAAAGUGUGUGUGGGUUUCUGAGUCAUUGCGGGUGGAACUCGGUGUUGGAGAGCAUUUGUGCAGGUGUCGCGGUGUUGGCAAUGCCGUUGAUGGCGGAGCAACACCUGAAUGCUCGAAUGGUGGUGGAGGAGAUUGGGAUGGGAUUGAGAUUAUGGGCAAAGGAGAAGGUGGCGCGUGGGUUAGUUGGGGCGGAGGAGGUGGAGAAGAUGGUGGUGGAGUUGAUGGAAGGGAAAGAGGGGAGAAGGGUGAAGGAGAGGGUGAUGGAAGUGAAAGAGGGUGCAUAUGAUGCAAUGAAGGAAGGUGGGUCGUCAUGGCGGACGUUGGAGUCGUUGAUCGAUCAUGUCUGUGGAGAUAUGCAUCCGUUAAGGUGUGGAUCGCGUGAUCAUGUGGCCGUUGAACGGUGGAAGUGUGGAUUGUGGAGGCGUGCGUUGAGAGGAGGAGACGAGGAGUUACUGAGUAAUAAGUUAGGAUUGCUACUAGCAGGCAUGGAAGAGUAUGGAGCUAUUUACCCAAAUGCUUACUCGAAAUUUACAGUGUUCGAAUUUGUGGUGGUUGGUGGUGGUGCUUACGAUGGCGAUGGUCAACAGUCGAACAGAGGGUCGUUAGCAAUAGUGAAGAAGAAUAGAAGAAGUUGA